AUGAAAGGAAACAUGCUCUACAAGCUAGGACGCCUGGAAGAAGCUUGUGAAUGUUUCCUCAGAGUGCUGGAUGUGGCCGACGACCAAGCGGACUACAGACUAAGGCUGGGAUUGUGUCUCCUGUUGCUUGGCAGACACAGCGAAGCUAUGGUCCAGCUUGAGGGAUUAAAUGGUCGAGAAGAUUUGGUUGCAGCCGCCAAAGCCCUCCAAAGAAUGCAACGUCACGGUUGCCCCUACUACAUCCUGGGAAUUGCAGAAACUGCUAAUUUGAAGGACAUAGAGUGGGCUUGCAGGAAGCGGACGCUCAAAUUCGACCCUGAUAGGUGCCAAGGGUCUGAAGAAGAGCGACAAUGCAGGAAGGAAAUCAUGCAGAAGGUAAACUAUGCCAACAAUCUCCUGCAUGAUGCUGAGGAAAGAGGAGAAUACGACGCUGUCAGGGAGUUCAUCAAGGACCUGGCAGCUAAAGUAUUUCAAGAUCCUCAGGAGCCCAUGAAAAGCAGCUGUGAUCUUCUCGGCCCAUUCGGUGGCUUGACUGUGAGAUGGGUGUUCACUGCUGCUCCCCCCGGCAGCAACCAGCAACGGGAGGUCCCCCCACCUCCUACACACCCAUCCUGCAAUCAAAACCAUCGAAUGGGCCAAGAAAAUCGCACUGCCUCUGGAGCAUGA